UGCUCCUCCUCCUCCUCCAUCGCCGCCGCCGCCAACCAUGGAGGACAAGCUGGUGAAGAAAGCCAAGCUCAACAACAACCCCAACUGGGGCAAACAGAGAGCAACCAAUGUCACCUUUCAGGCUCACCAUGUCAGCAGGAACAAGCGUGGACAAGUUGUAGGAACCAGAGGUGGCUUUCGUGGGUGCACUGUAUGGCUUACAGGCUUGUCUGGAGCUGGUAAGACAACAGUCAGCAUGGCACUGGAAGAGUACUUGGUUUGCCAUGGGAUACCUUGCUAUACGUUGGACGGUGACAACAUUAGACAAGGUCUGAACAAAAACCUGGGCUUUAGCCCAGGGGACCGUGAAGAGAACAUUCGACGUAUUGCUGAAGUAGCCAGAUUAUUUGCAGAUGCUGGACUUGUGUGCCUUGCCAGUUUUAUUUCACCCUAUGCAAAGGAUCGGAAAAAUAGCAGAAGCAUACACGAACGUGCUGGUCUGCCUUUUUUUGAGAUAUUUGUCGAUGCUCCACUGUAUGUCUGUGAGAGCAGGGACGUGAAGGGACUUUACAAAAAAGCCAGAGCUGGGGAGAUAAAAGGGUUCACUGGUAUUGACUCGGAGUAUGAGACACCAGAAGCUCCUGAGCUGGUUCUGAAGACUGAUGUUUGUUCUGUCAAUGAAUGUGUCCAGCAAGUGAUUGAACUUCUUCAGGAGAGGGACAUUGUUCCUGUAGACUCUUAUGCCGAAAUAAAGGAACUGUUUGUCCCAGAAAACAAGAUUGAUCUUGUUAGAGCCGAUGCAGACACCUUGCCAGCCCUGGAAAUCGGGAAGGUGGAUAUGCAGUGGGUACAGGUUCUGGCUGAGGGUUGGGCUACCCCACUCAAUGGCUUCAUGCGAGAGCGAGAAUUUUUGCAGAGCCUUCAUUUUGGCUGCUUGUUGGAUGGAGGUAUCAUUAACAUGUCAGUGCCCAUUGUCCUGACAGCGACGAGCGAAGACAAAGAACGGUUGGAUGGUUGUACUGCCUUUGCAUUGGUGUAUGAUGGACAGCGAGUGGCUAUCCUUCGAAACCCGGAAUUCUACGAGCACAGGAAUGAGGAGCGCUGUGCCCGUCAGUGGGGCACAACCUGCAAAGAGCAUCCAUACAUUAAGAUGGUGAUGCAGAGUGGCAACUGGUUGGUCGGUGGAGAUUUGCAAGUUCUUGACCGUAUUUAUUGGAAUGAUGGACUCGAUCAAUAUCGCCUCACACCACGUGAACUGAAGCAGAAAUUUAAAGCAAUGAACGCUGAUGCUGUCUUUGCAUUUCAAUUACGCAACCCUGUGCAUAAUGGGCAUGCUCUCCUGAUGCAAGAUACCUUUCAGCAAUUGAUUGAACGUGGCUACAGGCGCCCAGUUCUUCUUCUUCAUCCACUUGGCGGUUGGACGAAAGACGACGAUGUACCUUUAAUAUGGAGAAUGAAGCAACAUGCUGCUGUAUUGGAGGAGGGCAUUCUUAAACCAGAAUCUACCGUUGUGGCCAUCUUCCCUUCUCCAAUGAUGUAUGCUGGACCAACAGAGGUCCAGUGGCACUGCAGGGCUCGCAUGAUUGCAGGUGCCAAUUUCUACAUUGUGGGCCGAGACCCUGCAGGCAUGCCUCAUCCUGAGACCAAGAAGGACUUGUAUGAGCCAACACAUGGGGCAAAAGUACUGACCAUGGCACCAGGCCUGCUGUCUCUGGAAAUUGUUCCUUUCCGUGUGGCUGCAUACAACAAGCAGAAGAAAUGUAUGGACUACUAUGACCCUGAAAAACAUGAAGAAUUUGACUUUAUUUCUGGAACACGCAUGCGCAAAUUAGCACAGGAAGGAGUGAACCCACCAGAAGGCUUCAUGGCACCAAAAGCCUGGGCAGUCCUCACCGAAUACUACAAAUCCUUGGAAAAGAUGUAGAUGGGAACAGGAAAAAUGCGACACAACAGUUCCUUAAUUGAUAGCAGGGGACCACACACACACACACACACACACACACACACACACACAGGGCAAGAGUGCCAGCAAUUUAUUGUUUGUUAGGAACCAGUGUUCUUCCUUCAGCUACAUCACUGUCUGCACAAGUCUUAUGAGCUUUAUCAUAUGUCAGGAGCCUAUUGAAUUGUUCUUUCCACUGUUUUUGGUUUCCUUUGCAUUGCUAUGUUUUCUGUUUUUAUUUAAUUUAGCUAGUGGUUGGCAUUUCCAGUUCAAACCAGCAUUAAUAAAUAAUCAUCCAUUUCAGAAGGGCAUUCGAUGGGUUGAACCUUCAACUGGCACUAAUGUAUUCAUUAAGAUUAUUUAGCUUUUUUAACUGUUUUUAAUAUCUCCGUAAGGUUGCCAGGUGUACAUUAUAGGUAGGUUUGGCUGUCUUUUAACUACCAACCCCUUCCCCUCUCCAACAGAUACAGCACAUUAAUUAAAGAUGAUUUAACCUUUA